AAGUCAGUUUGAGGGCGGCAAGUGAAUCAGAAAGAUGUGCCUAUCUGCGUAAUAGAUUUACAAAGUAGACCUCAAAUCUCAAAUAUUAUGUUAUUUGAACCUCGCGGGGGAAAGUUAUCGUGCCAACAAGUUAAACAUUCGCCCGGUUCCGACCAAUCUGCUGUUCGACUUGUAGUGAGUUCUAAGCGUGCGCUCAUUCAGAUGGGCUUGGCCAGUUCUGCCGGCAAUAUAGAUUACGUUAUGCUAUUUGAAUAUUUGCCUUGAAUCAUCGUCGCCGACGAAGUCUCAGCACAGAACUUGAAGAGGCUCCCAGUCGGAAUAGUGCGCCAAGUCGCGAUGGACGUUGAAAAGUUAAAGUGCGUGCUGUGCCGGAAGUUUCCGGAUGGAAUGGUUUACGAGUGCAACAGGCAGCGCCAUAUCGGGUGUGAAUCCUGCGUCGAGAAGCUCAACGUUAAGCUGUGUCAGUGCUCCGAGUACUUUGACCGCAAAGCCUCCAACCCGAUCGAGAACCUGGUCAGGCAGAGCACCAACAAAGUGCCAUGCCCGUACAAAAAGGCCGGCUGCACGUGGCUCUUCGGCUCGUCCGACAUGCGAUCCCACCUGGAGGAGUGCAAAUUUCGGCCGUAUCGCUGCAUCGCCUCCAAGCUGAACGUGCUGACUUGCCCUUGGGAGGGAAUGCAGUUCCAGAUCGAGGAUCACCUGAUGGAGGAUCACGCCAAGCUGGGAGAACCGUUCACGUACUUCCAAGAGUCGGAGAUUCCGUUUUCUGAACAGUCGUCCAAGGGAGGAAUCAAGCUGGUGGACGCGUUCAGCAAGAAGUUUCUGUUUUACUUUCUUUCGAGUGCCAAAGCCAGGGUGGCUUACUUCAUGAUCGUGUACUUUGGGAGACGCGAGGAGGCUCGUCAGUACUAUUACGAGUUUGAGAUUCGAUCGAAGAGUGAUUCCGAGCUGCGGAAGAUUAAGUUCGUGCAGAAUUGCGUGUCCGACUGUGAGGACUUGAGUCGUUGUAUUGUUGAGGAAGACUGCGUGGCCGUUUCGUUCAAGACGAUUAGACACUUUUUGCACGAAGGUACGAUCCCGUUCCGGUUCAUCGUCAAGAAGAAAGAUGACGAGCCCGGAAAGGAAGGCCGCGAGCGUAAGCUCUCCGAUGGAUCCGUGACCAAGCCGAACAAGCCCCGGCCGACGCCGUUCAAUUUUUCCGAGAAGGGUAAGCUCAAGCCGAACCUGAGACGAAGCACUUCCAGUGGAAGCUUCUCGGGCGGUGGAGGGCAAAGUGGUCCUGGAAAGUCCGGUGGGGCUAAAAAGGCAUCGGAAGAGGCACCGUCUCGAAAGACCUCGGCACCGGCGCAGGUGGGCACGUCAGGCGUUCAACGAUCGCCGGAAUUUUCCUCGAUCAAUCGAAUGGGCGUUAGCGGUCAGGACUCUCCGAUCGUGCACCAGGAACCGUGCCCGUUGCUGACACCGUCGAUCAAUCGUCUCGAUGCGCCGCCCUCGUACAUGGCACUGACGAGCACCGAUUUCCGGCAGUCGACGAGCGAGCACAGCCCGGCGGUCGUGAACAGGCCACCGCCCGGCGAGUGCAAAACCACGGCCAACGUGUGCCGGAUGUACACGCAGCCGUACAAAACCAAGGACGACCGGCUAUACCUGCAGCGGUAUCCGACCGAUUGUCUGAGCAAGCCGGUGUUCCGACGGUAGUGUGAUGUUGUUCUUGUUUUUUUGAGGAUGUCGACUUUUUUUUCAAUAGAUUAUUAAGGUAUUGUAACAGA